UCAACGAGGUCUCUGUUGCUGGAGAGAGCUUCUUCACCUGCGCAACCCUCGAAGCCGUCACUCCUACAACACCACAUUUCACCCGGCGCGGCAGUGAGUGACUGAAUUUAUGUUGAUGAAGGCCGCUUUUACUUCCUGUUGAUAUCUGGCUGCUCAGUUUAGAUCCCUCUGGGGAUCGGAUUGCUGAACCUGUCGCGCGCACGGAAUUUCUAAUCGGCAACGCAUCGCCAUCAUGGAGUAUGCAGACGAAUAUGGGGACGACGUUUACUACGAGGCGGAGGAAGGAAUUACGUCCGAAGACUGCUGGACGGUAAUCUCGGCCUUUUUUGAGUCCAAGGGUUUGGUCUCUCAGCAGCUAGAUUCGUUCGAUGAGUUUAUCUCGACUACUAUGCAGGAGCUGGUGGAAGAGCAGGGCCAGGUUACACUUGAUCAAACAGUACCUCCCAGCGAUGAUGAACCCGAUCCCGUUGUUUUACGCCGUUAUGAGCUUAAAUUUGGUACCGUUAUGUUGGCUCGACCUUCUAUGACGGAAGGAGAUGGCGCGACCAGUAUCAUGUUGCCGCAGGAAGCCCGUCUUCGAAAUCUCACUUAUGCCAGCCCUCUCUAUCUUGGUAUCUCAAAAAAGAUUAUGGAAGGCCGGGAACGUCUACUAUCGGAAAGAGACGAAGAGGAAGAAGAAAUUGAAGAAAAGGGUGAUGAAGAGAGACGGAACCGCGGAACAUAUUUACACUGGGAACGCAAGCCAACCAUGGAGGACGAAGCGGAAGAGGAAAAUAUAUUCAUUGGAAAGAUGCCCAUCAUGCUCAAAUCAAAGUACUGCAUCCUCAAAGACCUUGGUGAGCAAGCGCUCUACAACUGGAAUGAGUGCCCAUAUGAUUCGGGCGGUUACUUCGUCAUCAACGGAAGUGAGAAAGUUUUAAUUGCGCAAGAACGCAGUGCUGGAAACAUUGUACAAGUCUUCAAGAAAGCUCCUCCAAGUCCAACUCCUUACGUCGCCGAAAUCCGAAGUGCGGUCGAAAAGGGUUCCAGAAUCCUCUCUCAGCUCUCCAUCAAGCUUUUCUCCAAAGGAGACAGUGCCAAGGGUGGAUUUGGUCCAACAAUUAGAUCGACCCUUCCUUAUAUCAAGACCGAUAUCCCGAUCGUCGUCGUAUUCCGCGCGCUUGGUGUUGUGUCUGACGAGGAUAUCUUGAACCAUAUUUGCUAUGAUCGUAACGACACAUCCAUGUUGGAAAUGCUCAAGCCGUGUAUUGAAGAAGGUUUCGUUAUUCAGGACCGUGAAGUUGCCCUCGACUUCAUAAGUAAGAGAGGAUCCUCACCAAUGAGCAUGAACCAAGAGAAGCGAGUUCGAUAUGCUAGAGACAUCAUCCAAAAGGAAUUCCUACCUCAUAUUUCGCAGAGCGAGGGUAGUGAAACUCGAAAAGCCUUCUUUUUGGGCUACAUGGUCCACCGCCUGCUUCAAUGUGCGCUCGGACGCCGUGAUGUAGAUGAUCGAGAUCAUUUUGGAAAGAAACGCCUUGAUUUGGCUGGACCUUUGCUAGCAAACCUGUUCAGAGUUCUAUUUAUGAGACUCACCAAAGACCUUUACAAAUAUGUCCAGAGGUGUGUUGAAACUGGUAGACAACUUUAUUUGAACAUUGGCGUUAAGGCUAGCACCCUUACAGGCGGUCUUAAAUAUGCGCUUGCUACAGGAAACUGGGGUGAACAGAAGAAGGCAGCCAGCUCAAAGGCUGGUGUCUCACAGGUUCUUAACCGCUAUACGUAUGCCUCUACACUUUCCCAUCUUCGACGUACAAACACUCCUAUUGGCAGAGACGGUAAAAUUGCCAAACCUCGACAGCUUCAUAAUACCCAUUGGGGUCUUGUUUGCCCUGCUGAAACACCUGAAGGACAGGCUUGUGGUCUUGUCAAGAAUUUGGCACUCAUGUGUUGCAUUACUGUCGGUACCCCAAGCGAGCCUAUUAUCGACUUCAUGAUUCAGCGAAACAUGGAAGUCCUAGAAGAAUUCGAACCCCAAGUCUCACCUAAUUCUACAAAGGUAUUUGUGAACGGUGUGUGGGUGGGUGUACACAGAGAUCCCGCACAUCUUGUGGGAACAGUGCAGUCAUUAAGACGGCGAAACAUGAUUUCCCAUGAGGUCAGUUUGGUUUGGGAUAUUCGAGAUCGCGAGUUCAAAAUAUUCACCGAUGCCGGGCGUGUAUGCCGACCUCUCUUUGUAGUUGACAACGAUCCAAAGAGCGAGAACAGCGGGUCUCUUGUUCUUGUAAAAGAACAUAUCCAUAAACUCGAAGCAGACAAAGAACUUCCUCCGGAUCUUGAUCCAGAAGAGCGAAGGGAGAGACAUUUUGGUUGGGAUGGACUCGUUAAAUCUGGAGUCAUUGAAUAUGUCGAUGCGGAAGAAGAGGAGACGAUCAUGAUCGUCAUGACGCCUGAGGACUUGGAAGCAUCGAAGCAAUACCAAGCCGGUUAUGGCAUGCCUGAGGAGGAUACGACCGACCGUAACCGACGUGUGAAGUCGAAUCUCAGCCAAAAGGCCCAUACUUGGACUCAUUGUGAGAUUCACCCGAGUAUGAUAUUAGGCAUUUGUGCCAGUAUCAUUCCUUUCCCCGACCAUAACCAGUCUCCACGUAAUACAUACCAAUCUGCUAUGGGUAAGCAAGCUAUGGGUGUUUUUCUCACGAACUUCGAGCAGCGUAUGGAGACAAUGGCGAAUAUUCUCUAUUAUCCACAGAAACCUCUUGCAACGACUCGAUCCAUGGAAUUCCUCAAGUUCCGUGAACUGCCUGCAGGGCAGAACGUUAUUGUGGCUAUAGCAUGUUACUCCGGCUAUAACCAAGAAGAUUCUGUCAUCAUGAACCAAAGCAGUAUCGAUCGAGGCUUAUUCCGAAGUUUAUUCUACCGAACAUACACUGAUUCUGAGAAGAUGAUCGGGUUGACAGUCGUUGAGCGAUUUGAGAAACCAAUGAGGUCUGAUACUCUCAGGAUGAAACAUGGAACGUACGACAAAGUUGACGACGAUGGCAUUGUGUCGCCUGGAGUUCGUGUGUCCGGUGAAGAUAUCAUCAUUGGGAAGACCUCACCUUUAGCACCCGAGGCUGAAGAACUUGGUCAGCGAACGAAACAACAUACAAAGUUGGAUGUGUCAACUCCUCUUAGGAGCACGGAGAGUGGUAUCGUCGAUCAGGUACUUGUAUCCACAAGUAACGAUGACCUGAAAUUCGUGAAGGUGCGGAUGAGGACCACAAAGAUACCCCAGAUUGGCGACAAGUUUGCCUCUCGACACGGUCAAAAAGGUACUAUUGGUAUCACAUACCGGCACGAGGAUAUGCCAUUCACUAGAGAAGGCGUCACCCCCGAUUUGAUUAUCAACCCCCACGCCAUUCCAUCUCGUAUGACAAUUGCCCAUUUGAUCGAGUGUCAGCUGAGUAAAGUUUCGUCUCUUCGUGGAUAUGAAGGUGAUGCUACUCCUUUUACCGACGUUACUGUCGACUCCGUAUCCAGUUUGCUUCGUGAGCAUGGAUAUCAAUCACGUGGAUUUGAGGUGAUGUACAACGGGCACACGGGAAGAAAGCUGGUUGCUCAAGUAUUCCUGGGCCCUACAUACUAUCAGCGUUUGCGACACAUGGUGGAUGACAAGAUUCACGCCCGUGCCCGUGGCCCGACACAGAUUCUCACUCGACAGCCAGUGGAAGGUCGUGCUAGAGAUGGUGGCUUGCGAUUCGGAGAGAUGGAACGUGAUUGUAUGAUUGCGCAUGGAGCCAGUUCAUUUUUGAAGGAGAGAUUAUUUGAUGUAUCUGAUCCAUUCCGAGUACACAUCUGUGAUAUUUGCGGAUUGAUGACACCUAUCGCCAAGGUUAAGAAGGGUGACUUCGAAUGCCGAGCUUGCAGAAACAGGAACAAGAUUUCACAGGUGCAUAUACCAUAUGCCGCCAAGCUCUUAUUCCAGGAGUUAGCAUCCAUGAAUAUUGCGGCGCGCAUGUACACCAAACGAUCCGGUGUGUCGAUUCGAUAAGACGGCACUUUACGUUUCAGAAAAAAGUCACUUCUCUCUUCAUCGCACUCUCUCGACAACCCAUCAUCACUUCCUCCUCACCAUGGUACUGCGGGCAUCCGGGCCUCGCUUUCCUUCCCGACAUGACCCUUCUAUUCUCUUCUUUGUCUUACACAAACUGACUUUCCCCCUUUUGUUCUUCCGUUUCCUAGGCGUGUACCUGCUCAACCACUUCAAUAAUAUCUUCUCAUGGCAUGGCCCAGCGAAUUCUAUUAGUCUGUCUUGCAAUCAAUAAUUCUACUGCUUGGAUGGAAAGAGAUAGGCGCAAGUUCUUGAAAAAUACAAACAGGCAUUGUUUUUGUUACUAGUUAUUUGGUGAACAAAUCAGACUCGAUAAGAAUUUCACAAGAGUUCCUUAAAGCUAGAUAUCUGUGAUAUACCCACUCGCACCUAAACUAUCCCGGUCCCUAGGCAUUAAGUUUUUGGGUUUGAUCACAGCUCGAAGAUAUAUUUACCUCGCCUCUUUCGGGAAACAGCCACCAGUCACGUGCGCGUCUUUAGCAACCUCACUGUAACUGGCAUCUUCUAGUGGGUGAUUUAAUUCCAACGUAGAUUCAUUAACAACGACGUCGACUUUUUCUUCUAUUAUAAUGCUGUUUCUUAAUCACAGUGUCAGCGAAAGAGACUGUUUGAGAGGAAGAGAGAUUUUUGCCCAUAGGGGUAUUCUCUUCAUUCCAUGUCAGUAGAUGACACCAUGUGAAAAUACCCCGGGCAUGGGUAUCUCUCCCGCGCACUCUUCCUUUCUGCAUGAUGUGCCACACUGCAAUGCAGGUAGUAUGAUUUAUCCUUCAAUCCAUGUUGAGGAUGGUUACGAUGAAUUGCCGCGGGCGAGAGGAACCCUCAAAGUUUCGCUUGUACUCAGUAUGGUUAUGAUGAAGAAAAUGUAGCCGCAGUCAAUAACUCACUUCAGUUCACUCCACCUGCUGAUAGUGAAUAAGAAUGCCGUCGGGGAUUACGACAUCUACUGUCGGGUAAAACAUGAUCAUCAGGCAUCUGAUUGAAGAUCUCUUGAAAAAAAUCCUAGGCCCUUUCAUUCUGUUAUACCGGGUAGCCUAUUCCACUCUUACGACGAGAGAGAUACGAGGGGAAUGCAAUAAUACACGGAGACCAAUAGCCAAGUGCUUGAACAGGCCGCUUCAUGGUGCAAGAAAUACCGGUGAAUACAGGCAGAAACUGUUACCAAGGAACAGAAACAAUCUCAAUUGGUACACGGCUCAGAUCGAGCAUUCGUCGGAUCAUUCGAGGCGACCGGCAGAAAACAAGGAACGGACACACGGGCCAUGGAGUCCCUCUGAUGAAUUGUUCGAUGGGCGGGUGGAGUUGUCGAUUUCGUGUUGGAUCGAUUGACAGGCUCAAGAAAUUUGGGGGCCAAAUCGGCGAUUGGCCCCUCCAAAGCGAAAGCAAAAUGGACUGUCUGCCUUAGAGACACAACGCUUCUGUUACUUCGAUAUCCGCACUCCGACUCUUGGCUCCAUUCUGUUUAUGUACGGGUUCCGCCACUCCGUUAAGUUUGAGAUACGUAUUCAACUAUCUGUUAUGCACCCAAGAUGGGCUCAUGACCAGCCAAACGAUUAAGUUCAGUCACCAACCGAUGGUAUAUUGCCUCCAUAUGCUGUCAGAGGAAUUUGCUCUACCUGGCUAGCAGAUAAUUAUACGAACGGCUCUCGCUUCCUCUGCAGACCGACAAUGGCCUUUAGCGGAACGAAGCUAUACUUCACUUCAGAGAUCUGUACAGAGUAUAUGCACAAAGGCGGCAUGGAUUGAGAACGAACGUACAGGUGACUAUACCAAACUGGGGAGGCUGCACAAGCGGGAGAGCCUAUCUUACGAACCUUCUUCAUGAAGCUGUGCUAUAGGAUUAUGAAUAAUAAUCGAUCCUCCAAGGAAAUCGCUCAACAUCGAUCAGCAUACAAACAAUAUAUUAUUCCCUGGGUUAUCCCUUGCAACAAAAACACGGGCAUCUGUUGACUCUCAAGGUGGCGGGCCUGAAUAUGAUUUUAUGCAGCAGCACUUGAGCUAUACCGUGUUUGGAGCCGCAGUGCAGCCCAGUGAGAUAUUAUUUUCCUGGUCUAACUCUGCCACCAAUGACAGUCAUAGACCCCUGUCCCUGUUAUUCUGCACUCUUUCACCCAGCUGAUCAAUAAAAAUGGCUGGCAGCCCAUGCCUACAGGGAAGUACCAGGACACAUGCUUGGGUACAUUCUUUUUGGAUGCACUAGCCCACCACAACAAACUUCAAAGGGCUCAAGGAGACGAGAAGGGCAUGCAGGAAUGCAAGCUCCAACUCCCCCGUCGGUUCCGUUAUUGAGAGCUCUUCAGAAAUUUUUAAAUCCAAGCUACCUGUUACGCUACUCGCUGCGAGGGUGAAAGGGGCGACCCUGACCCUGUUGCGUUAUUGGAGCAAAGCAACCGUUAGGGCAGUCCUUCAGGUUGGGUCAACGCCGUUAGAUGUAUCAGCAACAAGCCUAAAGUGCGUGACGGGGACGUGGCAGGCAGAGGACGGCAUGAAGUCAACAUGGGUGUGGAGGUGUGUUCACACUGUGUGGUGUGCGGUUUGUGUCUGCUGCGUACGCCGCAGGUACUCCACCACCAGAUCUCUGCGGCAAGGUACCUGCCCCUCUUGUGCUACUAAAAAUACAACCGGCAUUGGCCGCCGAGCACACUCAUUGGCUGCAUGCAGUGUUUUGCAGUGUGAUGGGACCCACAUAUCCAGAUUAGGAUUAGUGCCAGAGCAUGAUCCUCACUUACACGACCUCUAGUUGGUUGAUCAAUUCUCCACCUGUCGGGACCCACAAAGCUACAGCCAAUAAACGGUAGUCUCUACCCGCCGUCUAUUC